AUGGCCACCCACAAUGAGCCCGAGAUCAUUCUGUAUGACUUAGACAGCACCAAGAACAUAUGCUUUUCUCCCGUUGUCUGGCGAAUCCGUCUCAUGCUCAACUACAAGCAAGUCUCCUACAGGACUGUCUUUCUUGAUUUCCCAGAUAUCGAACCCACUUUAAAAGAACUAGGUCUGGUCCCCCCUGAAUCUGCUUCAGGCUCUCCUGGUCAAUACACAGUACCAGCUAUUCAUCAUAUGCCCACAAACACGUACUUAAUGGACUCGAAGCCCAUCUCAGAGUUUCUCGAGUCGACGUAUCCGAACUCGCCAGUGCCGCUGACAUCGGAGCUGGGCCGCCAGAUCGAGGCAGAGUCGCGUUCAGCCAUUGGCCCAGCCUUCCGCACGGCGGUCCUGCCACGCGAGAUACACAUCCUGACCCAGCGUGGGCAGGAGUACUUCCGGCGCACUCGCGAAGCCGCGCUCGGGCACCGCCUCGAGGACUUGCUUGAGGGAGAUAAGGAAGAGCAAAGCUGGGCCUCUGUGGCCAAGGCUAUGGACCGCGUCGGCGAGCUGAUCCGAACGCACCAGGCGGACGGUCCGUUCGUCCUGGGAGCCCGACCCAGCUACACCGACUUCUUCAUUACGGGGUCUCUUCAGAGUGCGAGGGUGGUGGAUGAAGGGGUGUUUCAGAGGAUCAUCCGGUACCCCGGCUUCGGUGAGGUGUAUUAUGCAUGCCAACCCUUUAUGGAGAAGAAGACUUGA